GCUAAGAUUGAGCUAUACUCAACACAUUUCUCUAAAUCUCUCUCUCUCUCUCUCUCUGCUUUCAAACUUCAAAGAGUGUUGAGUUUUUUGAUUUGAAAAACAAGCAUAUAUACAAGCAUAUCAAAUGGCAGAAAUUUUGAAUGAAGACCAAAUUGUUGAGAUCAAAGAAGCCUUUUGCUUGUUUGACAAAGAUGGAGAUGGUUGCAUUACUGUGGAAGAACUUGCAACUGUAAUUAGGUCAUUGGAUCAAAACCCAACAGAGGAAGAACUCCAAGAAAUGAUAAACGAGGUUGAUGCAGAUGGAAAUGGAACCAUUGAAUUUGUUGAGUUCUUGAACUUAAUGGCCAAGAAAAUGAAAGAAACUGAUGCUGAUGAAGAUCUCAAAGAGGCUUUCAAGGUUUUUGAUAAAGAUCAAAAUGGUUAUAUUUCCGCUAGUGAGUUGAGACACGUUAUGAUCAAUUUGGGUGAAAAAUUAACUGAUGAAGAGGUGGAUCAGAUGAUUAAAGAAGCAGAUUUGGACGGUGAUGGACAAGUUAACUUUGAAGAGUUUGUUAAGAUGAUGAUGACUAUUGGAUGAAAUAAAUUAUCCACCAUUUAACAUAUAUAUCAUUUCAUUUGUCAUUCAAAUUUUUUAAUUUGGCUCCUAUUAAUCUCAUAAUCAUUCCCCUUUCAAGAAAUAGUAAAUGUUUUAUUAUUUGUUGUUUGUGGUAUUUUAUUUUACUUGAAAUUGUAAUGACCAACCCAUUAUAAUUUGAUUUGUUCAACUCCAA